AUGUUCCUGCACCAGCUCGACCUCACCACCGCACUGCGCCCGUCGCUCCUGCCGGAGGAGACGCUGCUUUUUGUCCAAGAUGCCGUAGGGCUCUACGAGGGGAAGUUCAAGAUACCCGAGUAUCAAAACGGGCAAUCGUAUCUUACCUCACACCGCGUCUGCUAUGUCGAUCACAAUGAGCCGCGCAAGAAUUCCGUUGCCAUCUUCCUGAAAGACGUCGAGAAACCAGAGUUCUAUGCUGGCUUUCUCAAGUCGUCGCCCAAGGUAACUCUCUACCCGAAGCCCUUGAAGCAGCUAUCGCGAGGUGCUCCUUUGGCUCCCACGCCAACCGCCUCGUCCUCCUCUACUCCGCCGCGGCACAGCAGCCCCGCGCCUCCACCUCCUGCGAGCGCAACAUGGGUAUGCCCGAUAUGCUCCUUCUCCAACCCUGUGCCUUCCAACUUCGAUCCCGCUCUCGCAUCUCGCGCACCCAUACCUCCCUGUCUGGCUUGCGGAAUAAAGCCGCCGACUGUACAUGUCGUCAAAGCAGCCAUAGCGGCCAUGUCGAAUCGACCAGCCCCUGGCCCGCCUCCGAAAGAUGUGAAGAAUGGAACUCCUCCUCCUCUUUCGGCUUCCACAACAUCGCCAUCGGCAUGUCCUCGUUGCACCUACCAGAACCAUCCUUCUCUCCUCAAUUGCGAGAUUUGCGGUGCAUCCCUGACAACUGCUGUAGACAAGCGCUUCGACAUGCUCCAGGAGCCCACCAGGUCCCAAUCUCCAGGCCCAACACUCUCGUCACCGUUACAGUCCGACACCAUUGAAUGCAUCAAGCUAUCUUUCCGUGCUGGUGGGGGUCCUAUAUUUUACGAGCGCCUGAAGAAUGCACUGGUGCAGCGCAAAUGGCUCCUUCAAAGUGCCCCGCCAAUCCCUAAGCCACGAUUAGCCUCUGUUUUAGCUGACGAUGGCUACACCAUACAAUCUGACGCUUCGUCUGUAGAGCCUGAACGACCCCGAGUUGUUGGUAUUGCGGGUUUGGAGCGACGCGGAUUAGAGCAGAGACAGAACAACGAGGCCAUGAUAGGCAGCGCCUUUGAGGACCUUGAGGCUUUGAUGACAUCAGCAAAAGAGAUUAUCGCUCUUGCAGAACAAUUUGCAUCACAGGCCAACUUGGGCACUAAUAGCAGCUCUGAGGCAAACGCGUUAGCAUCUCAGUCGGCGUCUGCACUGGGUCUGAUUACGACAAAGGACAUGCUUGGUUCUGGGUCAGGUUCUGAGUCACUGUAUGUGUCGGAGCUUUCGAGAAAUCUGGCCGAGUGGCUUACCGAUGACACGCAUGGUAUCCUGCGAAAAGAAGGUGGCAUCAUGACACUUGUGGAUCUUUGGGCUGUCUUCAAUCGUGCAAGGGGCGGUGUGGAGCUUGUUAGUCCCUCAGAUUUUGAGAAGGCAGCACGCAUGUGGGAUACGUUGAAAUUGCCAGUGCGCCUAAGGCAAUUCAAGAGUGGUCUUCUAGUCGUACAAGGGCGUGAUCGCACUGACGAGAAAACUAUUGCCAGUCUCCUGGCUUGGUUCAAGACUUUUCACCAAGAGCCUCCCAGCAUGGAGGUCACAUGGGAUUGGCAGACAUUCGGUAGGGGCGUAACAGCGCAAGAGACAGCUGAAAGAUUUGGUUGGAGUGUUGGUGUCGCGACAGAGGAGCUGGAAAUGGCUGAGGAAGCGGGUGCACUCUGUCGAGAGCAGGGAAUUGACGGGUUCAGAUUUUGGGAGAACUGGCUAGUUACGAUGCCGGGGGAUAUUACGGUGGCUUGA